UUUUUUUGCUGACGUCUUUCACAGCGCGCGCAGAGCUAGCUAGUUUGCCACCACGACUACCAAAACCAGAUUGCCAUGGAGAGAGAGACGCAGAUGGUCAUGUCGGAGAGUAGGAGCAAAGAUGCGGUACCGAACGGUGCAGCCCAUAGCACUAGUACAGAGCCACACGUGGCCAGACCAAAUAUUGGCAACAGAGUGACUGUAGUGCUUGGGGCUCAAUGGGGCGACGAGGGCAAAGGGAAGGUUGUGGACCUGCUCGCUCAGGACGCUGAUAUCGUUUGCAGAUGCCAGGGUGGCAACAAUGCAGGACACACGGUGGUGGUGGACUCUGUCGAGUAUGACUUCCAUCUUCUACCCAGCGGCAUUAUCAACCCCAAGGUCACUGCUUUCAUUGGUAAUGGGGUAGUGAUCCACCUGCCUGGCCUCUUCGAGGAGGCUGAGAAGAAUGUGUGCAAAGGCAAAAGUCUGGAGGGCUGGGACAAGAGGCUGAUCAUUUCAGACAGAGCACACAUUGUUUUUGAUUUCCACCAAGCGGUCGACGGUGUGCAAGAGCAGCAGAGACAAGAGCAAGCAGGCAAGAACCUCGGAACAACGAAAAAGGGGAUUGGCCCGGUGUACUCAGCCAAAGCAGCCCGCAGCGGCCUCCGGAUAUGUGAUCUCAUGUCUGACUUCACGCAGUUCUCUGAAAGAUUUAAAGUCUUAGCCUCGCAGUAUCAGUCUAUGUAUCCGACCCUGGUGAUUGACAUCGAUGGGGAGUUGUCGAAGUUGAGGGAUUACGUGGAGAAGGUAAAGCCUAUGGUGAGAGACGGGGUCUUUUACAUGUACGGGGCCUUACAUGGACCUCCCAAAAAUAUCCUGGUGGAAGGAGCCAACGCCGCCCUCUUGGAUAUUGACUUCGGGACAUACCCUUUCGUGACCUCGUCUAACUGCACAGUGGGCGGGGUGUGUACGGGGCUAGGCAUGCCGCCCCAGAACGUGGGUGAGGUGUAUGGCGUGGUCAAGGCCUACACCACCCGGGUUGGCAUCGGAGCCUUUCCCUCAGAGCAGUUCAAUGACAUUGGGGAGCUCCUGCAGACAAGGGGGAAAGAAGUGGGUGUAACCACGGGCCGUAAAAGGAGAUGUGGUUGGCUGGACCUGGUGCUCAUCAAAUAUGCCCACAUGAUCAACGGCUUCACUGCCUUAGCUCUCACCAAACUAGACAUCUUGGAUGUGCUCCCUGAGAUCAAAGUUGGUGUGUCGUACUCUGUGAACGGUGAAAAUAUACCUAAUUUUCCAGCCAACCAGGAAGUCUUACAGAGCGUUGAGGUUCAGUAUGACACCCUGCCAGGUUGGAACAGUGACACCUCCACCGCCAGAACAUUUGAUGAGCUGCCAGAGAACGCCCAGAAAUACGUCCGCUACAUUGAGGAGCACCUCGGUGUGCCCGUGAAAUGGAUUGGCGUAGGCAAGUCUCGGGAGUCCAUGAUCCAGAUCUUCUAAGGUCUUCUCCACACUGCAGCCACCACCAGACCAGACCCUCAGUCCCCCCUCUCUUCCGAUGGUUACCUGGUUCCAGUGGCCUGGGAAACUGGUCCUAUGCUACAUGCCACUCCUCUCGGUCCCCAACUCACUCCCACACCACAGACACCAACCUGGGAGCUGCUCCUGGGGAUGCUCUUAUCAUCCUAUCCAUCAUCCCGCUCUCUCCUUAUUCUCUCUCUGUCUCUGGAGACCUGUGUGGGACUCUUCAAAAUGGCCUCCUCAGGCAUUAACAGGGAAGUACAGUUCAGUUGCUUGCCAGCCUACGUCUGUUACUCCCCAUGUUUGGUUUGUCAGAAAGUCCUCAGAGCUGCCUCUGGCCUUUCUUUAUGGAUCUGUUAUCCUGACAUCCUUGCACACCACACACACUCAAAUCACACACAAAACCACACUCAAAUCCAGGUGUGUGACACUGUCAUUCAUUGACCCGUCUGCAAGCCAAUGUCAGAAACGAUAUGACCAUGUUCAUGUGUACAGUACUGCAGUGGGACUUGGUUGAUUCAUACACCAAUUUUCUGUGCCUGUUCUGUGAUGAAAACAGUUUGUGUAAAUGUGUUCUUAUGCCUAGCAUGGGCCAAGGAGCCCAUGGCCAUGAAACGACCCACACGAGCAACUUAACAUACACCGUUUCUGUAUGGACAACUGUCAAUGUCUCUGUAUACAAUUGUAAUAAUGGCAGGAAAUGUAGAAUAUGUUGCUACUGUUAUAAUGAUAUAAUGUUAUAAUGUUCCACGCAACAUAGUUGCCAUUACUAGAGAUACAAUCUUAAAUGGGCAUUUUAGAGGCGUCACAAUCAAACAACCUCUUAGUAAUUUCCCCAGCUGACUAGAAAUGAGUUUUUAUUUCAAAACAGUAGAAAGCUGUGUUACUACUGGACAUUAAAACAGGGGUCAGUUAACAUUUUGAUAGGUGAUCUUCUAUCAAACGCCACAUUGAAAUGACGCAAGAAUGUAUUUCAAUGCUAUUCUAAGUUUAAACUCCCAACGCAAACACAUGAUGUUGAUAUGCUGAACUCUAGUCUCAGGACUUCUACACAAUCACAACAGUGUAUAUAUUUUACUUCUAUUUCAAUGAUUUUAGGACUAGGUAAGAUGGAUUAUUUUCUGCAACUGCUGGAUGUGGGGGUUUUCUGCAGAUGUAGCGUAUUAGACAGCAGAUUGCCUCCUGACUCAGUAACAACCAUAUAGAACUUUUGCUUUUAUAAACUGGAGCUGUUUAAGUGAAAUGGAAUUGAAUCGUGGGUUUUCCCAUCACUGAUAUACAAUCUAAAUAUUUCAAAUUAAGACUUUUAAAGACAUGAAAGGAUCUCUUCUGUUUAUGUACUCGAUCCAUACAUUAACAUCGGAAUUGGUUGAUUUUUCAGGGAAACAUUGUUACUAGGAAAGGCGCGUAUUCAAGGUUGGCUUUCGAAGGGUGCCUAUUCAUGCAGAGAUGGAGGACUACUCAUACAAUAUCAGUUUGCCUUUGUGUCUGUAGGUUUCUACAGAGAAGGCUGUAGGCUCCUGUGAAAUAAUGGGUUUCUGCGUUGGUGGCGAAGUGCUUUCUCUUUCAAAUAUGGAAGUGUCAAACUAGUGUCACAAUACAUAGUUACUAUCUGUCAGGUACAUUGUUAGGUCUGUCUUCAGUAGAGCAGUUAUCUCUGCUAGGCCUAUAUGAUGUCAGUCUUGUUCUUCUCCUGUGUCUUUUUGAUUCUAAGAUUAUAUCAGUGAUUAUAUCAGCUAAAGUAUACUCGGUGUGAAGAUGAAAACAUGCACUGGAAAUUAAACUAAUGGGAUGUCUUUAAAUGCUGCUUAUCCUUGUUUCUAUAGAUUAUCCGAUGACCUGCCCAUAGGCCACACAAUGUGGUAAACAUUUUCUGCUUUACAUAUAGCAGCAACUAAUCAGUUGAGAUACUUACCCUGUUAGUGUCAACACCCACCUGAAACUCCCCAUACAAGGUGAUUCUGUCUGCAUUCUGUCUGCUAAUCCUAAACUAUAUGCCUCCGGACAUGUUUUUAUUUACCAUAAAUCUUAACCUGGGCCCUUGGGAAUGGCCCGUAACUAAGCAUUUCACUGUUGGUCUACUACACCUGUUCGCUACACCCGCAAUAGCAUCUGCUUCAGGUGUGUGUGUGUGUGUGUGACCAAUACGAUUUUAUUUGAUGUGAUAAAUACACAUUUUGAUUUGGGUUUGAAUACCUCUAAAAUGUAUAUUUCUACCUUGAGGCUCAUCUGUAAGUGAGUGGAUAGGUGAGAAGAUGGUUAGACCAUUGCUUUCACCUAUGUUACAGUGAUGUCAAGGAAAGAAGCGUAUAUUGAAAUGGUCAAACAGGGUCCUGCUCUUACUGCCCCGCUCUUCAAGGCAGCUUAGUAUUUUGCUUUCUCUAUCCCACCAUAUCAGCUCAACAUGUUGGAAGAAUGUUUGGCUCCUAUGCUCAACAUUGGCUCCCAUUCAAACACAAAAAUGUUGUCUGUUAAUUAGGCUUUGAUGAGCAACAUGUAAAAUUAGUUCACAAGCCUCCUUUAGCCAAAAACAAGCAUGUAGGGUGCAAAAUAAGUUUUUGAUGUGAAUAGUCCUUAACUGGCUCGUUAAGGUGAGACAAAGGCAGGAUAUCUUUAAAUGAAGAGGGAAAUGUAUACAGUAUAUCCUGAUCUUGGCGAUAAAUCCAUGUUAAUAGUUUGCUUUACUGUUUAUCCCUUCCCAGUACUGCCUUCCAAAGUUACUCAUCUCAGUAAAGUAACCAAAGCGUUUAAACUGGUUCCAGCAUUUUAAUCAGUGUGUCAUGUUUAAAAGAGAAACAUUUAAUUGGUAUGAUGACGACUAGACUUUUCAUCUAACUCCAAUUUUUGAAUAUUUUUUUCAUUUGAACACACAGGUAAACGCAUAUUUGCACACAUGUUGGUUUUCUCCGUUUUGAGAAUAUUUACCUACUUUCAGUUCUGCGUUGUAUCGCUGCUGUAUUAAGUGUGUGUGUGUGUGUGUGUAGCGUAGCACUUCAGUACCAUUAUCUUGGUUUUGUUGUAGCUUGUUGCAUAUGCUUUUGGAGAUGGUGGUGCUGGCUGGGAAAGUUGUGCAUGUUUAUCAAAUGUCAUUUGUACAGUACUGGUCUGACUCUUAGUAAUAAUAAAAUGACAAACUGGCAAUACAAAUCUAGAACAAGAUUCCAACUAAUAAAAACAUUGUAAAUGUCAGUUUAUAUAUAUCUA